UGCGCGCCUUACUUGCAAAGAUGGUGGUGGCUUUUGGCGCUCAGGCGGUGUGCCGAGCCGUUGCACCGUUCCUCCGUUGCAAAAUGUGAACGUGGCAGGAGGAGGGUGCCGCCGGAAUGAGUCGGCGAAGGAAGCUUGCGGACAGCCCUGGCCGGAGGAGCACGCCGCGCAGGGCGGCUGCCGACGACUGCUGCCCGGCGGUGGAGCCGGGGUCCCGGCGGUCCAGGGCGGCCCGCGACUCCCGACCCUGCAAGGCAGGAGCUCGGCCUUUGCGGCGGGAGCAGCUCCAGGCGGCGUCUGAUGACCGGAGGAGCCCCGGGAAAAAGUAUGAGACACCAACAAGAGUUGUGAAAGUGGAUUUAUUAUCCUAUACCUUCAGUUCUCCUAAUGAUCCAGAUGGACAUACCGAUAUCUUCUGGGAUCAGAAUUCUCCAAUGACCAAACAGUUAGGUAAAGGAAGAAAAAAGCAGAUUCCCACUCUAUACACGGAUGAAAUUUCACAUAUUGUCAACCGUAUUGCUCCUCAGGACGAAAAACCAGUGACAAACUCCAUGCUGGGUGUGUGGAUUGGUGACACUGCUAUUCCUUGUACUCCUAGCGUAGCAAAAGAAAAGUCAAGAGUGAAAACCUGCCGCACAAAGUUAAAAACAAAAACUCGAGAAAAAGAACUCAUGAAAUUGGCUAAGCAGUUUGAUAAAAAUAUGGAGCAACUUGAUGUGAUUCAAGAGCAAGAUGGAAAGAAUCAUGAUUUUAUCCAGGCAGCUUCAGAAGUGGGACAUGUACACCACCGUAAAGAUUCUGUACAGAUGGAAAUAGAUAACACAGUUCCUGAAAUCGAUUGUGCUCUAAUGAAUAAGCAAAUGGAAGGAAACACCAGAAUAUCUGUGGCAAAGGAGCAAGACAGCAGUCAGAAACCCUUUGACCAAAAUGUUGAAGCAGCCCUGAAUGCUAUUUUUGAUGGUUCCACUCAGAUGUGUAGUGGACAGCUAAGCCAAGGUGUGACGAAUUCUUUUCUGAACAAUAGCAAAUCUACCUUUGUGAAGAAAAGCAGUUCAAUAGAAGAGGAAAUUAGUACUAAUGAAACUCUGGUCACUGAAAACCCGCCAAGCAGAACUUCAAUAUCACCUUCCCCUCAGGUAGAUACUGCCUUACUGAGAAAAUCAUGUGUGACUCCCUGUGCUAAGAAGCCAGAAGCUUCUACUAAACAUCCUGGUGGGCUGACUACUAAUGAUUUUGAGGAUGACUGGGAAAGCUUGCUAGGCAAUGAACCUUUCCUCAUGGAAAAUGCUGAAAUGCUUCAAUCCCCUCCUUCAACAGCUGCCCAAGCUACAAGUCAGAAUGCAGUGUGUACCAUUACUGCUAAAAAUGAUACAAUCACAUCAAGAGCAAAUAUGAAUCUAGGUCGAAAGUCGGGAGAUUCGAAAGUAACCCUGGACCUUCCUUCAAAGCCAUGUAACAGAGAACUAGGAAGUUCUGGAGGAUAUAGAUUUUUAUCACAUCCAAGGGAUGAAUCAAGCAAGUUACCACUAACUGGAAAUAAAAUGAGGUUUGAGAAAUCUUUGGGUAACAUUAAAGAUGAAGGUUGUGUUGAUGUCUUUAAUAUGGCACGAGUAAAAGAAGAUAGUCGCAGUAAGUGUGCAGUUAAAUGUGCUUCUGAUAGUUCUGGUUCAUACUCAAGAUAUCUUAAUGAACGAAGCAAUGGGCUUAGUGUUAACCUGCCUUUGAAAGCACCCAUUGAUACUGCUCCCCUUGGUUCUGUAUUCUUGGGCAAAGAAAACAGACUAAUGGAUCAAAACACAAACCAGACUAAUGGAUCAAAGUUCAGUUCUUCCCUCGAUGACUGGAAUGAUCCUUUAGUGGCCAGUGAAAUGAUUGAAGCAUGCCAUGAGUUCGAGACUACCUGGGAAGCGGAUGAUGUAGAUGAUGAUUUGUUAUAUCAGGCAUGUGAUGACAUUGAAAGACUAACUCAACAAGAAAACAAGGGCAGCAAGCAGUCAGAAAGUAUAAAUAACACUUCCAAACAGGGACCCAGAAAUAUUUCUACUGCAUCUAAACAACAUUGGAAUUUUACCAGUUCCUCGGUACCAUCGUCCCUAACAACUAACUCAGAGAUACGUAAAUCGUUGGAGGUAGAAAAAAGAGACAUGUGUGGAGCUUAUCCCAGUAUUUUGGAUGCUACAACAAAUAUGUCUGUGUGCUUUAAGAAUUCAAGGGAUAAUCAACAUGUACCAGUCCAGGUGAAUAGCUCAAAAUUUAUGCUUGCAGGAAGUUCAAGUUUGAAUGUUAAUUUGGGUCCUGGGAGCACAGAAAUUACUAAUAUGAAGUUGAGCACUCAUCAGCUAUCCCACAUCACCUCAGCAACUCAAGCUCAGAAUGACAAGUUAUUGAGGGUGUCAAAAUUUACAUUUAAGACAAAAAGUCCUCAGUUUCUUUCUCCAUUAAACCAAAAUUGUAUAGCAGGAAGUAUACCUGUUAGCAAAAUCUUGCAGGAUUUAGGGAAAAAAGAAACUGUCAGUUCACUGCUUGAGGCUAAUCAACACCAAUCUUCAAUAAAUUAUUCUGAAUCCUUGACACCAUGUUCUAAAGGUAAAGAGGAGAGGAAUAGAAAGUAUUCUCCUGAAGAAAUCCAACAGAAAAGUCAGGAAGCACUGAUUCGAAGAAAGGCCAAAGCACAGGCGUUGCCUGCUUUGCAUUCAGCUUCCAUUUCACUGCUUUGAUGAAAUUGGAGUUAGACGGUUUCACAACUAUUAAUAACUAUCUAUGAUAGGACUUUUUUCUUGAUUUCUCUGUGAGAAAUUUAAUGCUGACUAAAAAGCAUGGGCUUCUACUUUAUUAUUUAAUAAAUCAGUGUUUACCAUUAUAAAUGAAACUUUCUUGGAGCUGUAUGUGAAUUAUGUAUAAGUUUUUGAAGAGUUAGCAAUUAUGUGUCUACAGAGGGAAGUAUGUGUCUUUAUUACAUGAUAGCAACUGAUCAUCAAUAAUAGACAGCUGUAACGCUUCUAACAGAUUAAAAUGACUAAACUAAACUAUGCUCUGUAGUUUUUUCAGUUACUUAAGGUUUCUUUAUACAGUACAAUUUUUAAUUAAUUUUUCCAUAUUCUUAGUGACCUUGCUGAAAAGUAGAUAACGUCUAUUUAAUUUUUUUAAAAAAUACUGUUUUCAGUUGCUAGCCAGAGGUAGGUUUAAAUUUUAAUAUUUCUGAAUAUGUGAUUCCAUUUGAAAACAUGUCGCCAUUAGGAAAAACAGACUAGCGUUAAGUGUAGUUUAGCAAAAAAAAAAAAAAAAGAAAAAGAAAAUAGAUUAAACAAAGUCAUAAAACAUCAUUAACAUUAGAAUUAACAGAAUCAUAUUGUCUGAUCCAGUUCCUUUAUCAUAUAGGUUAAAUAGAACAAUCCAAGCUGCUCUUUUUCUUUGUAUUCAUGUGUAUUUGAGUCAGGGUCUUGCUAUGUGGUCCUAACUGGCCUUGAACUCUUGUCAUGCAGAAGACUUCAAACACAGUGAUUCUCCUGCCUCAGUCUCCCGGUGCUAUGAUUACCACUAUGCCUAGCUCAUGAUUUUCCUUUAAAAGUCACAGACAAACCUUUGUUUAUGUUAAAGAAUUGAUUUUUCUGAACAUAGAAAGAAUUACAUAAUUUGUUUCAAUCUAUUAGUACUUAAAAUAAUUUGAAGGGGCAUUAACACAAAAUAUAAUCCAAAACACAUUAAGGACUGCUUAUUAACGGUUCUUAUAUAUAUAUAUAUUCUUUAUUUUAAAGAAUUAGCUGAUCUUUCCAGGAUUCCAAAUUAGACUUUCUAUUUUUAGUUUCUUAUUACUGUAAUUUUCCUUCCAAUCAAUUAUUUAACUUCACUGUUUUUCCCCCUCUGUCUCUGCCUCCUUUUUGUCUUCUAAAAUAGUGAUAUAAGCCUUAACUAGUGGGGAGAGUAUAUGACAGUAAGGAUGCUUGUGUUUUUCUAAAUGGCUUUUAGAAAGUAUGAAGAAAAGUUUAGCUAUAAAGAGCACCCAUCUUGGUAAGGUGUUCACUACUGUUCAGGUGUCUUUGAGCUGUGACAAUCUGAUAGUUAUUAAGUGUGUACCAUUUUUCAGAUGAUAUAUAAGUAUAUUUUAGUUGUUCUUAUUAUUUACCAAAGAGUAUAUUAUAAAGAGCUAAAUAAAUGUUGCAAGUUUUGAUGCAAACAAGUAAAGAGACUGCUUUUCUCAUGAGCCUUCAGUCUGUUCUAAGUCUCUUUCUCUCUCUGCUCAAGUUCUCCUGUAACUUCUUUAUGUGGAAUGCUUUAAGUCGUUCUGCUGAUCUUCUUACACUGGCCUGUUGCAUCUGUUUCUUGGGAACGCAUACCCGACCUGGCUUCAGUAGGAAGUCAUCUCUUUCGUGGAAACUUGUUGAUGGUGAAUGUGUGCUCCUCCAGCAGGAUACCCCUGCCUUCACACCAUUCUACUAUCGUCAUUCUUCAGUUGCUGUUGGAAGCACUAGCAUGUGAAGACCUGCCUAGUUUGCAUGGGUUGGCACUUUGCCAAUUUCAAGAGACAUUAUCCACAAAAGUCAAAGGAGCAGCUGGUAGACCUGGAAGCAAUAUUCUUUUGCAAGCUUUUUUGCUGUUUUUGCUUCACAGAAAGUUUAGUUCAGCAAGACCAUUGUUGCAGAGUUUAGACAGAUAACUGACUACAAGAACAUGGGUUAGUUAUUGAAGAAAUAGUUAUUUAUAGUUAUGAACCACAUUUUUUCCCUAAUAUACUUUUAAAUUACAAAGAACAAGUACCUUCCUCUGCAUCUGUAUGCUUACUACUGAUAUGUGAUGGCUACUAAUUAUAUUCUGAACGAUUUGUAGUCAGAUUCUGUUUGUGAAUUUUUUCUUGUUCCACUGAAAUUGUAACUCUGAUUCAUUCAGCUUUAGAGUUGAAAAAUGUUUCUUGGAAAAGUUUAAAUUUUAUUUAACAUUUAAUUGAUCCAAGUGUUAAGCUGAAUUUAAGUUGUUCAAAUUAGACUAUGAUUUUCAGCUUUUACUAGUAUGCUCAUAAGCACUUGUGAAUUCACAGAGCACCAGAUGUCUUGUGCCUUCUCUUAGGUGUCAUAAGUGAACAUGCAUAGGUGUUGAUUGUAGAGUUUUGUUUUUCUAAAGUUCUUUGGGUAAUAAAUCUUAAUUGGUGAGCUUCA